AUGGCAUCUGCAUACAAAGUGUUUACACAAAAACCACUAGAAAUCAAAACAAAGUCCAUCGAAUCAACAUUGGUGCCACUCGUAACACAGAUUUCAACAUUAAUCAAUUUUAAAGAAAAACCACGCAGUACAACAACAGAUAAAACAUUAAAUGCAAUAAACCGUGUUGGAGACGCUGUUCAUUUAGCUGUUGAACGAUUUGUGUCUGUUGGUGAGGCAAUAGCAAUUGAAAAUCCAGAUAUUAAAGUAGACUUAUUGGAGGCUUGUCAAGAAUCUAGAAAUGCCGGAGAAGCUAUUCAACGUAUCACAUGUGUUGAAUACGAUAAUUCCGGAAAACCAGUCUGUGUUACUAAUCGACAAAGCAUGAUACAAGCAGCUAGAGGUUUAUUAUCAGCAGUGACGAAGGUUUUACUUCUUGCUGAUAUGAUUGUGGUUAAACAAAUAAUAAAUGUGAAGAAAAAAGUUGUCACAACUCUAAGUAGAUUAGAAUCUGUAACAUCAUUUUCCGAGUUUGUAAAAACUUUUGGACAAUAUGGUAAUCAAAUGGUUGAAUUAGCUCAUUUAACAGGUGAUCGUCAAAAUGAUUUAAAAGACGAACGACGACGAUCACAAUUGUCAGCUUCACGAACAAUUCUAGAAAAGUCGACAAUGCUUAUUUUAACUUCAUCUAAGACUUACCUCAGACAUACAGAAUGUGUACAUGCGAGAAAAUGCCGUGAACUUGUUUAUUCACAUGUACGUCGAGCAUUAGACAUGGUUCAAUUGAUUGUCAUUGAUUCAGGAUCAACACAAACGAAUACACCAACAUUAGCAUUACUCUUAGCAAAAAAUGAAAUUAAUUUUGUUAAAGCGAUGAGACAGUUUGAAUAUGGUGUGGAAAUGCUUCAUGUUUCACCAAACUCAACAUCAAAAGAAAAUUUAGAACAAUUGUGUAACAAUACUAUUGAUAAUACACAAGAUUUUACGGAUUCACCCUAUAUUAGCCAUGAACAACGGGAAAAAGUUCUUGAUUACCACAAACGUUUACAGGAUGAGCUAGCGGAAGUUGUGAAAUAUGCAACAGCUGAGAAAACCUUGAUGAAUCGUCAAAAUGAUAUGUUACCAGUGGCAAUAUCAAAUAUUCAACAAACAGCAAGAGAUUUUCGCCGACAGCUUGAAAAUAUGGCAAUGUUUCGAGCAUCCGAAUUCUUUCGUACCCAUGAUGAAGGUGCAUUAUUAAAUGAAAUAAAAACUUACUCUAUUACUGGUCGAAUGGAUCUUCUUCAAGAAUCUUCAGACAGAUUCAAAGAACAAGCUGAUAUAGCGCUUGAACUUAGUAAAUUAUUACGUCAUAUUAGUUCGUGUGAUCAACUACAAGUAUCAAGCGAAUAUCAUGAUAAUAUGUUUCAAAAUUUAUCAGAUAUGAUUAUGUGUGCUUCACAAUCAUUAGCAUCACAUCAAAACAGUCGAGUACCAAAAGAAAAUUUGGAUGUUUUAUGCCGCUUUUGGGAACAACAAAUCAAUAGUUUUUCGGUAUUAGUCAAAGAAAUACAAGAUUUUAUAUCAGGAAAAGGAGAGAAAACUGUUUAUUUGUCGUUACCUCGUCCUGGUAAACAUGGUACAACUGCUCGCAAUACGUUUAAACCAACAAAAUUAGAUUCUGAUGAGCAAGCAAAAAUAGCUAAAGUGGGCUUAGAAAUGAAAUUAGUAACGUCUGAAGUUGAUGCUGAAACAGAAAAAUGGGACGCACCACAAAACGAAAUUGUUAAGCGUGCAAAAAAUAUGUCAAGUAUGGCAUUUUCAAUGUAUCUGUUCACACGUGGUGAUGGCACAUUAAGAACAACACAAGAUUUAUUUACACAGGCAUAUUAUUUCGUUGAAGAAGGUACACGUUUAUGCACAAUUGUUCAAGAAUUUUCAAAUCAGAUACCAAAUAGUAUAGCAAGACAGGAUCUUUUAUCUCAAUUAGAGAAAAUUCCACUUAUGUGCCAUCAACUAAAAUUGAAACUAAAAAUGUCGGCAUUAGGAAAAAAUUCAACAUUUGCAAAACUUGAUACUGUGAUAGGUGAAACAAGAGAUUUGAUGAACGCAGUUGCCAAAUUAGUCACAACGUGUUAUUUAUGUCAGACGACGUACAAUAUGGAUUAUCGCUCAAAUCAGAUAACACAUGAUCCAAUGGUGUCUGAUCAUUACCAGUAUCAUCCGCAUCCAUCCUUAAUAAAUUCUAGGCCACCUCUCUCCUCGUCUAAAUGGCAUUCAGUUUAUCGGAGACAAUCAUUUGAACGAGGUACAAGUUUCGAUAUAAAUGACGAAACAUCGAGUUGUAAAUCCGAACGAGCUCUACGUUCAUCAUCAUUACAACGACCUAUAAAUUAUCUACCAGCUUUUGACCGAAUAUAA